CACCAAGACGCUGGAUUUACAUUUGGCAAGAACUUGGCACUACUUCGACAACUUUUCAAAGACUACCAAGAAAUCAACACAGAAUUAAAAACUAUCCCACUAAUUAAUGCUGUGGUGAUCCAAAACAAACGCAUACUACCACCAGAUGUACUGGAAAAACUCCUAAAUACCCAGAUAGCAGUGCCUGAAAGAACAAGGUUGAAACUACAAAAUGCCAAGACAGCAGAGAAAAUUGAAGACUUAGCAAAUAGUUACAGGAACAAUGCUUUAGAAAGUUUGGAUUGUUUUCCAAAUUCCGAGGCUAAAACUUGCUUAGAAAAUCUUGUCAAGCAUCUUGUGGUUGGACAGAAUAAAUAG